GGUCUGGUUAACAUUCUCUAGCAGCCAGUCUGAGCGGAUAACGAAAGCGAACGGAGAACCAGAUCGAAUAGAACGGCCGAGCUAUACACGGGAUAUACUUCAGGGGUUGAUAGCAAAUUGUUUGCAUCGACCGUGCGUGCGUCAACUAUUUGGAAGAGCCAGGAUGUCCAGUGAGGUGCAACCCAGCUCAAGGCCGGACGCCAGUCCUAACACCAGUGGGGGUAGCUCAGACGCCGAGCAGAGAGAGAUGGCCCCACCAGGCCAGGAGCAGAGCCAGGAGAGAGAGAGAGAUCAGACAACGCCUAAGAAGAAAGAGGCCAAGAUAUCCAGCAAGACCGCUGCCAAGCUCUCCACCAGCGCCAAGAGGAUUCAGAAGGAGCUGGCAGAGAUAACCUUGGACCCGCCACCUAACUGCAGUGCUGGUCCUAAAGGAGACAACAUCUAUGAAUGGAGAUCCACCAUCCUGGGACCACCAGGCUCUGUGUAUGAGGGAGGAGUCUUCUUCCUAGAUAUUGCCUUCACACCAGACUACCCCUUCAAACCACCCAAGGUGACUUUCCGUACCAGGAUCUACCACUGUAACAUCAACAGUCAGGGGGUGAUUUGUCUGGACAUCCUGAAGGACAACUGGAGUCCCGCCCUCACCAUCUCCAAGGUGCUGCUGUCCAUCUGCUCCCUGCUCACUGACUGCAACCCUGCGGACCCUCUGGUAGGAAGCAUCGCAACCCAGUACACUACCAACAGACCAGAGCACGACAGGAUAGCCAAACAGUGGACCAAGAGAUACGCCACAUAGACUGACAGCAAGGACCGCCACCUUUCCCUCUACAACCCCACCCCCCCGCCCCUCCCCUGGCCUGGUCCUAGAUCAGUUGGUAUUUUAUACCCCACUCCGAUCGCUGACAAAUGACCAUAGUAGUUGGCUAUAAAGCACAGACAGAUUUGGGACCAAGCGACUCGCCCCCUUUCGGACCCCCAUACUGUAUUUGUGGAAGCACACCCAUAUGACCUGAUUCCCUCCUCACCCCUUUAGUUACACACACACACACACACACAUACACACACACACACUGUACAUCUCCUCUAAGAAAAUGAACUGCUAUUUGUCCCAUGCUGACACUUGAACGCUUCUUUUUUUAUACAAAGAGUAUAUUGGGAUUGUAUUUUUUCCCAAUACACUGAAUGUUGAUAUGGUCAUGAAAAGCUUUAAUACUGUUGUUGUUGUUAUUGUUAUUGUUUGUUGUUGUUAUUAUUAUUAUUAUUAUUAUUAUUAUUACAUUGUUUAUAGCCUUUUAUGUUAACUGCAUUAUGAUCAGAGUGUGUUUUCUUCACCCUUUUAUGUGAUCAAAGAAAGAUGCACUCUGUUCUAAUUUUGUGCAUUCUAGAUUCCAUGCAUUCAAGAGCAAGUGCAUUAAAGAAUCCAUGCAUUAUAGAUUAGUGUUUUUUUUUAUGUAAUCUUCUAUUAGAGAAUGUCUGAAGAAUUAGUCUACUGAUGCAGAUGGUAGACAUUUUAAGAGCGGUCUCAGGCGCUCUUUUGUAGUGCCAAGCUAUCUAGGUUUGAGCCUUGAUCGUGCCGCUGGCUGUCAUUUGGCUGGAAGCUCCAUGGGACAAAUCAUAUUGGCUGAGCAUCACAGGGGUGAGGGAGGCGUCGUCAGCAGGGAUUUCCUUGACUUAUUGCACUCUAGUGGCUCCCUCAGGUGGGUCAGAUGCCUGCAAAAGCUACUGAGGUUGUCAUUCCAGUGAUUGUGUGACUUCCUGAUUGGAUGUGCAGUGUGUGUGUGACUUCCUGAUUGGACGUGCUGUGUGGCGGGAAAAAGCAGGCUUGGCGUGAAUGGCUAGGAGGAAGACUUGCCACAAUCUACUGAGCCCGUUGGGAGUUGCUACGACAAGAUAAGGUUGUAGGUAAAAUUGGAUGUCACUUAAUUAGGGAGGGGAGAAGUGGGGGAGGGGUUUUGUUUUCUAUGAUUAAUCAUCUGUUAUUAUUCAUUUUCUGCCCCAGGAAGGUAUUGACAUGACUUUAAGGCUUUGUCUGGAUCUGUGUAACUGGUUUUGCUGCUCACCCAUGAUGGUGUUAGACAGCAAUUGUUAGCUGUACAUUUGCAUUGUGAGAAUACAUAGUUAUUGAAUACUCAAAUAAACACUGGUUGUAAUGUUA